AUGGAUGCUUCUUGUAGAUUUCAAGAACGUCCAACUUUUUUCGUCUCAAAAGGAAGCAACCCUGAUUGCCAACCAUUCAAGAUAGUGUUAUCUUCAAGAACAGUAUCAUCAACAGUCAGACAACCAUCGCAUUGUGUGCUAAUUCCUGCACUAAGCACUCUGGAGAAUAUUGCAAAAAUAGGAAAUGAUAGCCAGAGACAGUGCAGAAUUGAGUUUGGGGUGCUUCAUCGUUUGCGAAGCCUUUUGAACACUGGAGAUGAGAUACAUGUCAAGGAAAGAGCUUGCCUAAUCAUCUCUGCUAUUGCUGCUGGAAAUGCGAAGCAGACAAAGGCUGUGAUUGAUGCAGAGUUGAUUGAACCUUUAAUGUCUUUGCUAAAAGAUGAGGAGUCUGAUUUAAAGGAAGUUGCUGGGCAGGCUGUUAAAGAUAGAACUCUCUUCUGGAACUCGUAA